AUGUGCACCUACAAGGGAACCAAGGAUGGAGCGGGAACCCUUCACAGCAGAAAAGAUGCGCGAGCACAUCACCGGCGAGAAAACGGUGGCCAAGGGACAGAAAGUCGAAAAGGUCGCACCCGACCUCGUCGACCGGGCCAAGCUCGCACUGCCGAAACCCAAAGCCCUGAUGGGCGCCCGCAAGUACAUGAGAUCGAAGACCGUCAUCGACAUCUUCCAGAAGCAGCAAGAAGAAAUGGGCAAGAUGCUAAGCCGCCAUUGACGACGAGCUGCCCAGGAAUCCGCGCAGGCCCACAAAAGGCGACAAGACACUCGCACCCUGGAUCAAACAAGCCCUGGGCAGAUUCAGGACCGAGUGCGCGAACGAGCGGUUUGGCUUCGCGCACAAGCGCACGCACAACGACGCGGACACCUACCUGGCCCUUCUCGACACCAAAUCCAAGUAGUGCGCAGGCCAGCCCAAGUCCCCGCCCGGCCUGCGUCCGGGGACGCCAACCUCGCGGAUGA